CUCUCUCUCUCUCUGCAACAACAAGCUUUCUCUCUCUAGAACCGUCGGCCGAACGCUUUGCUCGGAGAAGGAGCGAGAGCGAGAGCGAGCGCGAGGGAGGAGGGAGGUGGUGAACGAUGGCGUCGUCAUCGGGCUCCGGCGAGGCGGCGACGGAGAGGAGGGGGAUACCGGGCGCUCAGUUCGUGGAGGACGUCCAGACCUACCUCGCCCAAGCCGGCCUCGACGCCAACUCCGCCCUCGCCUUCCUCCAAGAGCGGCUGCAGCAAUACAAGCUGGUGGAGAUGAAGCUUCUGGCUCAGCAGAGGGAUCUUCAGGCAAAAAUUCCUGAUAUUGAGAAGUGUUUAGACAUAGUCGCUACUCUACAGGCCAAGAAGGGUUCUGGUGAGGCACUCCUUGCUGAUUUUGAAGUCUCUGAAGGCAUAUAUUCACGAGCUCGCAUUGAAGAUACUGAUUCAGUAUGUUUAUGGCUGGGAGCAAAUGUUAUGUUGGAGUAUUCAUGUGAAGAGGCCACAGCUCUUCUACAAAAGAACUUAGAAAAUGCUAAAGCAAGUUUAGAAGUUCUUGUUGCUGAUCUACAAUUCUUAAGGGACCAAGUAACAAUCACACAGGUUACGAUUGCUCGUGUGUACAACUGGGAUGUUCACCAAAAGAGAAUCCGUCAAGCUGGUGCUCCUGCCAAAGACUCUUAAAGGAAUCUUUUCAACUCGAAUCAUGGUAGCAGAAUGUGUACUUCUAUAUGAGAGUACAAAUUUUACAAAUUUGAUCUCCCAUUUUCAACUAGGUGAAUGAACUGUGUAUUGCUUUGUGAUCGUAUGGUUAGAUUUUGACAUCAAGUGAUUUUGGUUAGGUUCAGUGAGAUUUACUGCAUUACAAAAAGCUUUUCAUGUAAACGAUUUUGAUUGAGAACCUCUUGGGCUUGAGUUUUCACUUUUUGUAUUUUGAGUUAAUAUAUGGUCCAUCUAUUUGGUCUCGUUUCA